AGGAGCAAUCGUUUUAUACUGGAUAUAGUUGCAAAAAACUAUUGGAAAUAUGUUUUUGAGUGAAAAUGAUAAAUUUUACGUUUUUUGUAAAUAUUUCGAAAACUACUAAUUUUAAAAGGGGAGCAAUUGUGGAUUCUGACGGAGCAAUUAAGGAGCAAUCGUUUGAGCUAUAAAUUAUUAAAAAAUAUGAACUUCCAGCGCUAACUUAUUUCCGGUAAAAAAAUUUGCUGCACUACUGUAGGUAAGUAAAUCUUUACAUUGUCGGUAAAACAUAUCUCGUUGAUCAAACAGGUAAAGAUUUUUUACUAUUUACUUUAUCGAUAUAAUCGUUACACUCUCAAACAUUCCCAUAACCCUAUAUUUUUAGAAAAUUUAACAAAUGCCUUACAAAAAAUAGAUAAGAAUUUGAUAAGAUAAGUCUUAUCAAAUUGAUAAUCGAGUUGAUAUUAAAUUUGGCAUAUAUAAUUAAGAAAUUUUAAGAAAUUUCAGUAGAUAAUCGAUAUCUAACAUUGUCAGUUAGUUAUUUUAACAUUUCGACACAUUCCGUCUCAUUGCUGUGAAUUUAUUAUAAAAGUACAAUUGUUUAUUAAUUAAUUAAUUAAUUAAAUUUAUUUACGAGAAAGAAAAUCGUCUAGUACAACAGUUAACAAGAUCUGACAUCACUAUUAUAUAGUUCAAUUAUAUACAUCACAAUGGAUAAAAAUGAUAAAUUGCAAAUAUUGAAGAAUGCUAUAAAGAGUUAUCCCGACUUUCCUGAGCCUGGAAUCAUUUUCCGGGACAUAUUUGCUGUGUUCCACAAUAUCACAGCAUUAAGGGCAUUGAAGGAUUUAAUCAUGGAGCAUAUUUUAUUUCUUGAAAUCGAUUUAGUUGUAGGACUGGACUCACGUGGUUUUCUAUUUGGUCCUAUGAUCUGUAUGGAAUUGGGCAAACCAUUCUUGCCCAUUAGAAAAAAAGGGAAACUUCCAGGCAAGGUCACUCAACAGAAAUAUGCAUUAGAGUAUGGUGAAGCCACAUUUGAGUUGCAAACAGAGUUUAUUAAGAAGGGAAGCAGAGUGCUUAUUGUUGAUGAUUUGCUGGCAACUGGAGGUACCAUGGCUGCUGCCGUGCAAUUAAUAAAAUCAACAGGAGCUGAUAUAAUUGAAUGCUUAGUGAUAAUGGAAGUGAUUUCAUUAAAAGGCCGAGAUAAA